ACGCGUUUACCUUCGACGACGAUGGAAAUCCAAUCGUAGUCGUCUUCUUCCUCCAAUCCCUUCAUCUGAGAUAAUCGAUUGAACCCUAAUAAUCUCAAAUCCUCAAUUUUAUCUGAGUUUUUCCCAUGCGAUUAACGCAAACGAAGGUGCCGGAGAGAUGUAUAGCAAUUUCAAGGAGCAAGCCAUAGAAUACGUUAAGCAGGCCGUGCAAGAGGACAAUGCCGGCAACUAUGCCAAGGCCUUCCCUCUCUAUAUGAACGCGCUUGAGUACUUUAAGACCCAUUUAAAGUACGAGAAGAACCCUAAAAUCAAGGAGGCAAUCACCCAGAAAUUCACAGAGUACCUUCGACGGGCUGAGGAGAUCCGGGCUGUUCUUGACGAGGGGGGUGCCGGACCUGCCUCCAUUGGGGACGCUGCCGUUGCUACCCGACCCAAGACCAAGCGUAAAGAUGGCGGUGAAGAGGGCGGAGAUGGGGAGGAUCCCGAACAGGCCAAGCUUCGGGCUGGCCUCAAUUCGGCUAUUAUUAGGGAGAAGCCAAACGUGAAGUGGAACGACGUGGCUGGAUUGGAAAGCGCCAAGCAGGCGUUGCAGGAAGCUGUCAUAUUGCCUGUCAAGUUCCCUCAGUUUUUUACUGGCAAGAGGCGUCCUUGGAGAGCUUUUCUAUUGUAUGGGCCACCAGGGACUGGGAAGUCAUAUUUGGCCAAAGCUGUUGCAACUGAAGCAGACUCCACAUUUUUUAGUAUUUCAUCAUCGGAUCUUGUCUCAAAGUGGAUGGGUGAAAGUGAAAAGCUGGUUUCAAAUCUUUUCCAGAUGGCUCGUGAAAGUGCUCCCUCCAUUGUAUUCAUUGAUGAGAUAGAUUCCUUGUGUGGCCAGCGUGGUGAAGGAAAUGAAAGUGAAGCUUCAAGACGUAUCAAAACAGAACUACUUGUGCAGAUGCAGGGCGUGGGAAAUGAUGAUCAGAAAGUUCUUGUUCUUGCAGCAACAAAUACUCCCUAUGCUUUGGACCAGGCCAUCCGGAGGCGUUUUGACAAGCGCAUUUACAUUCCUCUCCCAGAUUUGAAGGCUCGACAACAUAUGUUCAAAGUACAUUUAGGUGAUACUCCGCAUAACUUGGCUGAAAGUGAUUUUGAAAUCUUAGCUCACAGGACAGAGGGUUUUUCAGGGUCAGAUAUAUCUGUUUGUGUUAAGGAUGUUCUCUUUGAGCCUGUUCGCAAAACCCAAGAUGCCAUGUUCUUUUUUGAGACAUCUAAUGACAUGUUUAUGCCAUGUGGACCAAAGCAACCAGGUGCUUUCCAAAUUACCAUGCAGGAGCUCGCAGCGAAAGGACUUGCAGCAAAGAUCCUCCCACCUCCUAUUUCAAGAACAGAUUUUGACAAGGUGCUUGCAAGACAAAGGCCGACGGUAAGCAUGGCUGACCUUGAGGUCCACGAGAGAUUUACAAGGGAAUUUGGAGAGGAAGGGUGAUGGAUUUGAUGAGAUUGUCUCGUUGAUGGGCACUAGUGAGUGCAGUCACUGUAAUUUGUAAUUUGUUUCUCGCUGCUGGAUUUUACAAAUUAUGUCGUUCUAUUUAUAUUAUCUUGAAAGAAAGAACUUCCCUUUCCUUGCAUUCCAAUGGAACAGGGAUUUGAGACUUGUUAAUUGAAUUGCUUGUUUCUUCUUCUUGUGUAAAGAGGAGCUAUGGAAAAAUACAGCCCAAGAAUGCCAUGAAUUAGUUUCAGCUUAAAUUCAACAGACCUG